AUGGCCGAUUACUACACUCAGGAUUAUGGAGCACCAGUGGAGUAUAAUAAUUCAGAAGCUGGUUACGGGUCCACCACUCAGCCUGCUGCAACAGGCAAUGGCGAAUACAACCAGUUUUCCUAUGACCACAUGAAAGAUGAGGAUGAUUAUCAAACAGGUGCUAUGCGCAGUGAUAGGAGACCACCAUCGCCCCAGUCUAAGUACGAUUCUGGUAGCGAGGAUCGCGGUCGAGUGAAAAAACGUGACCGUAAAAGGUCGCGCAGCCGCAGCCGUGAUCGCCGGCGUCACAGUCAUGACCGUGAUCGCCACUGUGACCGUAGCAGAGAACGCAAGUCCAGGCGGCAUCAUUCUCGUCAUCGGUCUCCGUCCAGUCCACCAUUGGUCUAUAAGUAUUGGGACGUCCCACCACCUGGAUUUGAACAUGUGACACCCGCUCAGUACAAAGCUCUCCAGGCAUCGGGUCAGAUACCGGUCAAUGUUUAUGCCGCGGGACAAGUGCCGAUGCCAGUUCACGCACCGAAUGCUCCACUAACACUCACAACGAACGUGCCGUUUGCUGGAAGUGCUGUAUGCAGACAAGCUCGUCGUUUGUACGUUGGCAAUAUACCGUUUACUGCGACGGAAGAGAAUAUGAUGGAGUUCUUCAAUAAGCAGAUGAGAGCUCAAGGUCUCAUUCAGGCGGAGGGGAAUCCGAUAAUUGCCGUGCAGAUCAACAUGGAGAAGAACUUCGCCUUCCUUGAGUUCCGUUCUGUCGAUGAGACAACUCAAGGAUUGGCGCUCGAUGGUGUAUUGUUUCAAAAUCAAGCACUGAAACUCCGUCGACCUCGUGACUAUGCUCCCCUACCCGGUGUAUCAGAGCAACCUUCUGUCAUUGUUCCUGGAGUGGUCAGUACUGUCGUUCAGGAUUCCCCACAUAAAAUAUUUGUCGGUGGUCUUCCUAACUAUCUGAAUGAGGACCAGGUGAAAGAGCUGCUGUUGAGCUUUGGCCCUUUAAAGGGGUUCAACCUCGUCAAAGAUGGUUCGACCGGUUUGUCGAAAGGUUAUGCCUUCUGUGAGUAUGUGGAUGCUAAUGUCACAGAUCACGCGUGUGCUGGUCUUAAUGGCAUGCAGUUGGGUGACAAGAAGCUGAUAGUGCAGAGAGCGAGUGUUGGUGCCAAACACACAACCAAUGUCCUACCUCAGAGUUUGCUACAACUACCUGGUCUGGAAGACGGCACAGUUCAGAACACAACUGGUUCGGGUAAUAUCACCAUCCGUAGUGGUGGACCACCGACUGAAGUGUUGUGUCUAAUGAACAUGAUCGAAACGUCAGAACUGGAGGAUGACGAUGAGUACGAAGAUAUAGUGGAAGAUGUGCGCGCAGAAUGCAGUAAGUAUGGCGUUGUUCGGAGUCUGGAGAUACCCCGUCCAAUUCCCGGAGUUGAGGUUCCUGGAGUCGGGAAAAUAUAUGUCGAGUUUGCCAGUGUGAUUGACUGCCAGAAAGCCGCGACUGCAUUGACUGGUCGGAAGUUCAACCAGCGUUUGGUUGUCACUUCCUUCUUCAACCCUGAUAACUACCACCGAAGGGAAUUUUAA